AGCUGUCUGGGAACCCGCGUGGAGGCGGCUCCGGGGUUUCAGCUUCUGGAGCUCCUCCGCUCCUCGGACUCCUGGGAGUCUCCUGGUGCUGGUUGGUGCCCUCCGACCAGAGCCACGAGUUAAUUUGCUUCCUGUGGAAUUGGAUGGUGUGCCAUGGGGCUCACCAAGCAGUACCUACGUUAUGCUGCCAGUGCUGUCUUUGGAUUGAUUGGCAGCCAAAAGGGCAACAUUGUCUUUGUAACUUUGCGUGGUGAGAAGGGGCGCUACGUGGCAGUGCCAGCCUGUGAGCAUGUCUUCAUCUGGGAUACACGGAAAGGAGAGAAGAUUCUUAUCCUUCAGGGACUUAAACAUGAAGUUACUUGUUUAUGUCCCUCACCAGAUGGAUUGCACUUAUCUGUUGGCUAUGAGGAUGGUUCUAUCCGUAUCUUCAGUCUUUUGAGUGGUGAAGGGAAUAUUACUUUCAAUGGACACAAGGCAGCUGUCACUGCCCUGAAUUAUGAUCAGCUGGGGGGCAGACUGGUGUCUGGCUCCAAGGACACUGAUGUUAUUGUGUGGGAUGUCAUCAAUGAAAGUGGCCUUUACCGUCUGAAGGGACACAAGGAUGCCAUCACACAGACACUGUUCUUACGAGAAAAAAAUCUGCUGAUUAGCAGUGGCAAAGAUACCAUGGUGAAAUGGUGGGACCUUGAUACACAGCAUUGCUUCAAAACAAUGGUUGGACACCGAACUGAGGUUUGGGGACUGGCUUUAGUGUCUGAAGAAAAACGUCUCAUCACUGGAGCUGCAGACAGUGAGCUGAGGGCUUGGAACAUCACUUACAUAGAGGAGAUGAAAGACCUGGAUGAACCCAAUUCAAAGAAGAGCAGAGGAUCUUCACUUGAGAUGCAGGAGAAUCAUGCAACAGAGACUGGGGACCCUGGAGCAGAUGAAGACCCUGAAGAUCGUAUUCUUUCAUGUAACAAAGCUGGUUCCAUAAUGCGGGAAGGAAGAGAUCGAGUUGUAAAUCUUGCUGUUGAUCGGACUGGCAGGAUUCUUGCUUGUCAUGGAACUGAUUCAAUUUUGGAAGUUUUUUGUAUUCUUUCCAAAGAGGAAAUUCAGAAGAAAAUGGAUAAAAAAAUUAAGAAAGCCAGGAAAAAAGCUAAAUUAAGUUCUGGUGAAGGGGAACAAGAGGAUAUUGAAGUCAGUAUGUCUUUGCAAGAUGAGAUCCAGCGGGUAGCUAACAUCAAAGCUUCAGCCAAGAUCAAGUCCUUUGACUUGAUUCAUUCUCCACAUGGAGGCUUGAAAGCAGUCUUCCUACUGCAAAAUAACUUAGUGGAAAUAUAUACACUAAAUCCAUCCACUCCUGCCCCACAGCCCAUCAGGACAGCCAGGAUCACCAUCGGGGGCCAUCGCAGUGAUGUCCGUACCUUGUCAUUUAGUUCUGACAAUAUUGCUGUCCUUUCAGCAGCUGCUGAUUCUGUCAAGAUAUGGAACAGGUCUACACUGCAGUGUAUUCGGACAAUGACUUGUGAAUAUGCCCUCUGUUCAUUAUUUGUUCCUGGAGAUCGACAGGUGAUAAUAGGAACAAAGACAGGGAAGGUGCAGCUUUAUGACUUGGCUUCAGGAAAUUUGCUGGAGACAGUUGAUGCACAUGAUGGAGCCUUAUGGUCAAUUUCACUUUCUCCAGAUCAGCGUGGUUUUAUAACAGGUGGUGCUGACAAAUCUGUAAAGUUCUGGGAUUUUGAGUUGGUGAAAGAUGAAAACUGUGCCCAAAAAAGACUUUCUGUGAAGCAGACCCGUAUUUUGCAGCUUGAUGAGGAAGUUCUCUGUGUACGCUACUCUCCUAAUCAAAAGCUGUUGGCUGUGUCUUUACUGGACUGCACAGUGAAAAUCUUCUAUGUUGACACUUUAAAGUUUUUUCUCUCUUUAUAUGGUCACAAACUACCUGUUCUGUGCAUGGACAUCUCUUAUGAUGGGGCACUAAUAGCAACUGGUUCUGCAGACAGGAAUGUGAAAAUCUGGGGCUUAGAUUUUGGAGACUGCCAUAGAUCCCUCUUUGCCCAUGAUGACAGUAUCAUGUGUCUGCAAUUUGUGUCCAAGUCUCAUCUUUUCUUCACUGCUGGGAAAGACCAUAAGAUUAAACAGUGGGAUGCAGACAGAUUUGAACACAUCCAGACCUUGGAGGGCCACCACCAGGAAGUAUGGUGCUUAGCUGUUAGUCCUAAUGGUGAUUACGUUGUAUCGUCAUCCCAUGACAAAUCCCUAAGACUAUGGGAGAGAACAAAGGAACCGCUCAUCCUAGAGGAAGAGCAGGAGAUGCAAAGAGAAGCAGAGUAUGAAGAGAGUGUGGCUAAAGAAGACCAGCCAGUAGUUCCUGGAGAAGCUCAAGGUGACACUUACUUUCCUGGGAAAAAAACUGUUGAAACUGUCAAAGCGGCUGAGAGAAUCAUGGAGGCCAUUGUGUUAUACCGAGAAGAGACUGCAAAGAUGAAAGAACAUGAAGCCAUUUGUAAAGCUGCAGGCAAAGAGGUUCCUCUGCCAGUUAACCCUAUCUUGUUGGCUUAUGGAAACAUCUCGCCUUCCGCAUAUGUAUUGGAAGUGUUUAAAGGAGUCAAGUCAAGUGAGUUGGAGGAGGCCCUCCUGGUGCUGCCUUUCUCAUAUGUGCCAGACAUUCUGAAGCUUUUUGAUGAAUUUUUCCAGCUGGGCUCUGAUAUUGAACUCCUUUGCCGGUGCCUCUUCUUCCUCCUCAGGAUUCACUUUGGGCAGAUCAGUAGUAACCAAAUGCUUGUACCAGUGAUAGAAAAAUUGAAGAAAACAACAAUUUCUAAAGUCAGUGAAGUCCGGGAUGUGAUUGGAUUCAAUAUGGCAGGACUUGAGUUUCUAAAGAGAGAAUGUGAGGCAAAAAAUGAAAUUGAAUUUUUCUCUGAAGCUACAAGCAAUUUCGAAGAGAAGAAACGGAAGAGGAAAAAGAGAGAGAAGCUGAUUAUGACAUUGACUUAGAGCUCUAACAUCUGAGCUGUUUUCAUCUAGCCAUUCACUGUGCCUUUCAAAUUAGAAGAAACAGCUUUCUGACCUGAAUAUGUGGCUUCUACAUCAUGGAAAAACACAACAAUUUGAGUGGAAACACUUAAAUUUCCACUGUGCUGCUGCCAUUCUGCUUCCAUCUUCCUCUUUUUUCAUCUGUAAAAGGAAGGGGAUUGGACUAAAUGGAUACUUUUAAAGUUCUGAAUCAUGAACUUUCAAGUACCAGAUGACAAAAAAAGUCAUUGAAUUUCUAAAGUACAUUGAGAGGAUCUGUCUCACAAAAGGGAAAGUUAACUAAGAAUAUUUGUGCAGGGCCUCAUACUUUCCUUAUUGGCAAAGGCUAGAUACAUUCUUGAUUCUCUUUUUGGUUCUUUUUUUUUCUCCAUUCUUAUUAGCAGAGGAACUCUUGAACCCUUAAACUCAAGGACUGUUGGUAACUCCAAUUUAUUCAUUUCCAUGAUUGUUGGACAUGUGCAAAUAUUCUGAGUUGCUAUUUAUUUUGUUUUUUUUUUUUAAAUCUUUUGCCUACUAGGAAACUUUCCUAAGGUCAUUUAAAGUAUCUUUUUUCUUUCCUUAAGGAAUUAUCAUUCUAAAAAGCUUAUGUAGUGAGAAUUUCUUAUGCCUUUUACCCUACAGACAUUUUUUUUUUGGUAUUUUGUAAAACAUUAUUCUUUCAAUGAAAUACUUAUUUUUAAGUAAAAAAAGGUUAUAACAACAUAACUAGUUUGGACUUCUGUGUUAUUUAGGAGAUUGUUACUUCUGCAGAGCAAGUGAUUGUUACCUCUGCAGAGCAAGUGAUUCAUUUCUCCUACUGAAUUUGCUCCCACUCACUUCAAGCUCUGAGUAAGUGUAUAGAGUCAUUCAAAUUCUUGACAGCAAAUGAGAGCAGGUGAAUUGAGGCAACAUGUACAUAGAUAGAUAUGAAGGACCAGUAAAAGUACGAACUAUAGAAAGUAUAAAACAAACAUCUUGCCACUAUGACUUUUCCUUGGUUUUUCUUUGUGAAACCCAGAGGAUGCUAUUCUUUUGUGAAUGAAACAAAGUGCAGGGAAUCUUCAAGCAUGUGAAAUGUUCAAAAUGUCAGAACCUUUGGAGCUUUAAAAAAUCCCUUUGUUUUCAUGAGGUUGUAUCUAUGAUCCUUUCUUCCCUAAAAAUCCAGUCCUGUUUUCAA